AUGUGGUGCUGUACACCUAUCCGGCCGACUUCACUUUCGUGUGUGCAAGCGAGCUGGUGGCGUUCUCCAAGUUGCAGAAGGAGUUCGACGAUCGAGGUGUCGAGGUGUUGGGCCUGUCCAUCGACACGGAGCACGUGCACAAGGCAUGGAAAAACACGCCGCAAGACAAGGGUGGAAUCGGGCCCAUCUCGCACCCGCUGCUGGCAGAUGUCAAGAAGGAGGUCAGCGACGCAUAUGGAUGUCUGUUGGACAACGGUCUGGCAUUGA